AUGGACAGUGGGUUUGCCAGCGCCGGGAAUCAGCUUCCCCAUGUGGACAUUCAUGUCAAUGAGCAUGAACCUCGUAGAGGAAUUCUGGACCUCCUCAGCAGACUCCGUCCUCAUUGGAAGGCACAGGACAUUCAGCUGAAGACAUUCACAGAAGGCCUCACCAACCAGUUGAUUGGCUGCUACGUGGGCUCUCUGCAAGAGCCUGGCUGUGUUCUGGUGCGACUGUACGGCAGAAUGACAGAGCUCUAUUUGAAUAGGGACCGGGAGAUGGAUAUGUUCCAGGUCUUCCAUGCUCACGGGUGUGGUCCACAGAUCUACUGUAGCUUCCAGAAUGGCAUCUGCUACGAGUUUGUUACAGGAGCAGUGCUGGAUGAUGAGAUGCUCCGGCAACCCUCCAUCUACAGAUUGAUCGCAGCAGAGAUGGGGAGAAUCCACUCUAUCCAGCCAAAAUGUGGUCUCCCUGUUGAACCUCUACUCUGGACAAAAAUGUCCCACUUUCUCACACUGAUGCAGAGCAGUAUCAACAGCAGCCCAGAUGAGCAGUGGCGUGCAAAAAGCCCUGCGGCUCUACGAGAGGUGCCCAACUUUGAGACUUUGUCGGUUGAAAUGGAGUCAUUGAAGAGACACCUCUCUCAUAUUGACUCGCCAAUUGUCCUCUGCCACAACGACCUUCUGACAAAAAACAUAAUCUACAACCACAAAGAGGGAAUGGUGAAAUUCAUUGACUACGAAUACGCCGAUUACAACUACCAGGCCUUCGAUAUUGGCAAUCACUUCAAUGAAUUUGCUGGUGUAAAUGAUAUUAACUGCAGCCUCUACCCAAGCCGUGAGCUGCAGAGGGACUGGCUGAUGGCCUAUCUGGAGAGUUACAAGCAAAGCACAGGGCAUGAGGUCACUGUUACAGAGGCAGAAGUUACGCAGCUCUACAUUCAAGUCUGCAAAUUCUCACUGGCAUCCAACUUCUUCUGGGGUCUUUGGGCCAUCCUGCAAUCACAGUACUCCUCGAUUGACUUUGACUUCCAAAGAUAUUCCAUGGCACGACUCCGCUUCUACUUUGAGAAGAAAGAGGAAUAUUUUGGAUUGACAAUGAGUUAGAAACAGAAAAAUAAUGGACCAACAAUUUUGAAAUCAGAAGUAGCAUUACCCUGCUCUGCAAGUCCAAAAAGAGUCCUUCUUUGCCACAUCCUACAAUACUAUGUAAAUCAAUUGUGGAAAUUAAGGCAUAGAAUAAGCUUAUAAAUGUGCUCCCCGUUGUUUGUUUUUUGAGGCAACAGUGUGAGUUAAUAUGUUUUGCUAUCAUUGUGAUUUUUAAAAUAUUUGUUUUACCACAGUCAGUAUGCCGAUAAGCCCAUUUGGCAAAUCGAGAUGAAGCUUGUGCCAGAAACACAUUAAUUGUUCCCACAUUUAGCCGAGUCACAUAAAGCCACAAAAACUGAGCCUGAUCAUAAAACCCAUAAGAGGGUUAUUUGCAUGCUUAUUCAGUGUUUACCACAGUUCUGAUGGAAAACAAGUUUCCAUUUCAACUUAUGUACUGUACCAAGUAUUACAUUAUUUAAAAUCUUUCUCUUUCCCAAGGACUAUUGUUGUAAAGCUGCUUACAGGACGAUGACCAUACAGUAUAUAACAAAUUAAAAAAAUUCAUCAACAGUAUUUAAUUGCCAAAUAGUGUGUAAGGACAAUGCAAAAAGUGUUUGAUUCUGAAUUGAAUUUGUGGGGCAAUAUACAGUAUAAACCAUGUGACAAAUUGGUCCUAAUUUCAUUAGGUUGUGAAUUACGUAGUCAGACAUUUGUCCAAAUUGCAAAGCAAUUUCAGCUCCCAAAAAUAAGCCCAAACUCAUUGUAAAAGCAUCUCUGCAUACUGACUAACUGAACAUGCUAUUAAUACACUUCUGUUUGGUUGCACCUCCAACAAACCCUUUUCACAGCGUUGAAGAAAAGCAAAUAGAACAGCAGCUUAUGGGUCUGUUAGAUUUACUGAUAUUUCACUAUAAUCGUGCUGAUUAUACCUUCACUUUUAAAUAAACUAACAUUCUCUCUGAUUCUCUCAUUGAA